UCUUAUCAAUCAUUCACCUAAAUGAUCGUUCAUUUUAUGUUUGUAGGUUUAUUGUUUAUUUAUUUUGAAAAACAUAUUUCUAAUUCUAACUAAAAAUAUGUACCUAUUGUGUAUAUUUUAAAAUCUUCUAAAAUAGUGUAUGUAUUUCCUGUGUGUUUUUUCUGAAGGCAAUGUGUUUAUCUAAUAUUAGCCACUGAAACCCCGCGUCGCAAUCGCAAAUUCGCCAAUAAAAAUAAAAUGCCGAAAAUACCUUACAAACCGGAGAACUCUGAUGAAAAUGAUGAUUACGAGAUUGUGUCUUUCGAAGAUUUUUGCGACAAGUCUCCUAAUUCUAAAACAGAUUUAUUGACGUUAAAUGAUAAUAUAAACUAUAGGCUGUGUUUUGAGAGUGACAAGGGGUCUAAGUACGAGAACCAGGGUGAGGGGUCGAAUAGGGAUGCUGAGCAGCAUUCUGAAACGUCCUUGAAUGACUCCAAGAAUGUCACUUUUAAAAGAAGACUCUCAAAUUCUUUCGCGCCGUUUGGGAGAUCUCCUAAUGUCAAGACCGGGAGGCCCCCACUUUUCAGUGGUGUAAUACCUAAGCCUAGAAAUGAUGGGGAGUCUACAUCGAGGGAACACAGAUACCAGCGGUUUUCGGAGAACCGCAACAUUUUCCAGCGGUGGUGGGAACACCUGCCUUCAAUGGGGUCCGGAGUGCUGGGCCUGGCGUUGCUGUGCGCGCUGUGUGUGGGGGUCUGGUGGGCCGCCACCGGGGCCAUGGGCGGCGCUUGGCAAGAGGAACAUUACAGAAAAUUGUGGGAGCGAGCUCAUCCUGAUAUGACUGAUGUUAAAAAGCCUACAGCUCCACUCACUUACGAAAAGAUACUCCCAGAGUACCGCUACCACGACCACAACAACCUGAGCACUAAGAACAAGAACAGCACAGAGCAGAAGAAGAAGGAGCCGAAUAAGAAGAGUUACCUCGAUGAAGAUGUCGAUGUGAAGGAGCUGUGCACUAGUAUGGAACAGGACAGGCGCUUCGAUUGCUUCCCGCAGGGCGCUGCUAACGAAGCAGAUUGUGUCGAACGAGGUUGUUGCUGGAAGCCGGCCACGACAAAGGAACAGGACAGUAUCCCAUACUGCUUCUACCCCCCGAAAUAUGAUACGUAUCGAAUGGUGAACAUGAGCGAGAGCAACCGGCUGACAUACGUGUACUACGAGAAGAAUCGCCCAUCCGGAUAUCCGGAUGACUUCCAAGUUGCUGUCAUGAGAGUUAAGAAGCUUUCGGAUACUACUGUACGGGUUACGAUCUACGACGGGAACAAUCAGAGAUUUGAACCGCCAUACCCUGAUGUGCCAACAAUCGGAUCCAAACUGCAGAAUCCUCAGUACCGCGUCAAAAUACCAGAGGAUGGGUCGUCUACUGGACUGAAAAUUGUACGGAACAGCGACAAUGUUACUAUCUUCGACACGGUGGACGUGGGCGGAUUGAUCCUCUCGGACAAAUUCCUGCAAAUAUCGAUCUUAACGCCAACAGAUCAUAUAUUCGGGCUCGGGGAGAGACGCGCGAGGUUUAUGGUCGAUAUGGACUGGCGGACCUUCGGAUUGUGGAACAGGGACCGUGCGCCCGUUGAAAAUGCCAAUUUAUACGGAACGCAGCCUUACUACAUGGGCGUUGAACACGACGGGAAGACACACGGAGUUCUGUUUCACAAUGCUAAUGCUAUGGAUAUUGUUACCCAGCCAACACCGGCAUUGACCUUCAGAACAGUGGGCGGUGUGCUAGAUUUCUACAUUUUCCUGGGGCCGACGCCCGAUGACGUCACAAGGCAGUUGUCUGACGUCAUCGGCAAACCUUUCCUACCGCCGUAUUGGUCGCUCGGAUUCCAUCUAAGUCGAUUCAAUUAUGGAUCGCUGAACAACACCCGACAGGUUUGGGCGAACAACAGAAACGCUGGCAUACCGUUUGACGUGCAAUGGAACGACAUAGAUUACAUGAAGAACAGGAACGACUUCACGUACGACGAGGAGAAGUUCGGCGAACUGCCGCAGUUCGUGGACGAGUUACAUAAGGCUGGCAUGCACUACGUCAUGAUUGUUGACCCCGGUAUAAGCGCAUCAGAAGCGCCCGGUACAUACCCGCCGUACGAACGAGGAAUGGACAUGAAUAUAUUUACGUUGAACAGUUCAGGACUGCCGCUGGUUGGAAAGGUGUGGAACAGAGAAUCGACAGUGUUCCCAGACUUCACUCACCCUAACGUGACGUCAUACUGGGUUGAAAUGCUGCAGAGUUUCCACCAGAAAAUUAAAUAUGACGGUGUUUGGAUCGAUAUGAACGAACCGUCCAACAUGGUAGAUGGCGCUCUGAUCGGUUCGUGCAAACCGGAAGAGCUGCCAUACAAACCUCAUUUAGGUGGGGACCAGCUCCUGAGGACCAAAACUUUGUGUAUGGACGCGCAACAUUACGCUGGCUCCCAUUACGACUGGCACAAUUUGUAUGGGAUCGCCGAGGCUAUGGUCACUAAUUUUGCGCUGAAAGAGAUUCGCGGCAAACGGGCGUUUGUGAUCUCGCGGUCCACGUACACCGGAGCGGGCGCGUACUGCGGCCACUGGAGCGGCGACGUGGCCAGCUCGUGGCGCGACCUGCGCAUGUCUGUGCCGGAGCUGCUAAACUUCGCAAUAUUCGGCGUGCCGAUGAUGGGCGCGGACAUAUGCGGCUUUCGCGGAGACACCACAGCCGAGCUGUGCAAGCGGUGGAUGCAACUCGGGGCGUUCUAUCCCUUUUCGAGGAACCACAAUUCUGAUACUUCUAAGCCGCAAGACCCGGCGAGCCUGGGCGCGGACACAGUGCGCGCGAGCGUGCGCGCGCUGCGGCUGCGCUACCGGCUGCUGCCGCACUACUACACUCUCUUCUACCGCGCCUAUCUGCAAGGCGACACUGUGCUCCGACCGCUCUUCUAUCUGUACCCAGAUAACGUAGCCGUCCACGCGAUCGACACACAAUUCCUCAUAGGCCCCUACAUCAUGGUGACCCCCAUUUUAGAAGAAGGGGCCACCACAACUAAAGCUUACUACCCGGGUCCUCACACGUGGUACAACAUCCGCGACGGGACAAGACUGGGACGAAAUGAAACUGUCGAAGUGGGGGAAAAUGCUACAGUCGCUAUACGAGGUGGAGCCAUAAUAGUCUGCCAAGAGCCCCCUUCCCACGGUCCAGUAACGACCACAAACAGCCGCAGCCAGCCGCAGCAGUUACUGGUUGUGCCGGAUUCUUCAUCCAACGCCGCGGGAGAACUGUACUGGGACGCUGGCGAUAACAUUCGGUCCUAUGAAGAAGAUGUCUACUCCAUCGUAACCUUCAACCUGAACGGCACAACCCUCACUGGGACGCCAAAAUGGUGGGGCUACGGGGUGCCCCCCAUCAACAACAUCACGAUCUUCGAACAACCCCCUGUAUCCAGGGUGGUUCUAAACAACCACCCCUGUGAGCCGGGGAAGCAAUCGAUUUGCGAAUUUACUUACUACCCCAAAACAAGAGUGCUAGAACUCUACAAUGUAAAACUGCUUUUGAAUUCCAUGUUCCAAUUGGAUUUGACGUAUAGCAAGGACGGGCAAGUUGACACAAAGUUACCCAGAUAAAUAAGUGAAGUUGUUAAUGUAAGAAUAGUAAGUAACUAAGUAGUAUUUACAUUACGAAGCAACAGUACAUCACGUCAGUGCCGGAUAAGAUGGCCGGUGCGGGGCACGUAGCAAACGUGACCAUGGGGUCCAUGGGACCUAGAGUUACAUUGCCUACUGAAAUUUAGGAUGCAAAUAUCAACAGAACAUUUACAAAGAGGCUUUUCGUGUAACUAUUCUACUCGAAACGAAAACAAUAUUAGGGGUUACCCCUGUAAGUGUUGUGGUAUUGCCAACUUGCAACAUAAUAAUAUACCUAUACUAGCUUUUGCCUGCGGCUUCGUCCGCGUGAUUGUCCCUUCAGUGAAAUAUUUAGACUCCUGAUUUCCCCCAUACUAACUUUGAACCCCUUUUCAACCCCUUAGAGGAUGAAUUUUGAAAAAUCUUUUUUUAGCGGAUGCCUACAUCGUAGUAGCUAUCUGCAUGCCAAAUUUCAGUCCGAUCGAUCCAGUAGUUUGGGCUGUGCGUUGAUAGAUCAGUCAGUCACCUUUGCGUUUUAUGUAUGUAUUAUUAAUACAUAAUUACAGUAUGGCCAACGCUCACUUUGAGCGUUAAGGUGUAUCCAUUAAUGCUAAAUAUUUUACAUAUUUGUGUUUUUUUUGGGCACAGGCGCGGGGCCCCCCAAGGCGUGGGGCCCGUAGCAUUUGCUGCCUCCUGCUACAUGGCUAAUCCGGCACUGCAACACGUAGAAAUAGUACAUUACAAAGUAUGGUACAUUGCGGAGUAAUUGUACUUUACUACUCAUGUACACACGAGGUGGGAUUUUCAUACUAAAAUAAAACAUAGUAUAUAAUGAUUAACGCAAUUAUGUGUCAUACUACGUGACUACUACCACUUGAAAUAUCGAAUAAAAUACCAGUGCCCGUAUUGUUUUGAGCGUGUUGAAAAUAUUUUUGAAUAGACGACUGGCGGAUUCGUUCCAUCUCUGUCGCACAUAAGAUUUGUGACUGAGACGGGAACUCCCCGUCAGUUGUCAGUUAGGUAAAAUCAUUUAUGAUAUAGUAAAAUUAUAAAGUCAUAAAAGUUAUAAAAAGUCCUAUAAAUUAGAAAAAAAUUCUAAUAUUCGGGUACGAAUUAUAAUUAUUAACCAACCAUAAUAAAUCACCAUGUCAAUUUUAAUGACCAUCAAUUUUAUUGUUUAGAAGAUAAAUAAGUUCGACUAUUCACUAUUUUUAAAGGUUUAAAUCUGCCUCUACUCGCAUUUUAAGUAUAUAGUCAAUAUUUAAAGUGAAUACAAGUAAUUUUAACGAUCUCGGUAUAUGUUAUAUCCAGUACUGGAAUGGUAGUUGCUUAAAGUUUGCGUACUAUACGUCAAACUUAAACUUGACGUACAAAGUUAGCCUGUACACAAUAGCGCUUACAAUACUAUAGUACAAGUCCAAGUAAUGUACUGUACAAAUCCCCGUAUUAUAGUAUUAGCAUGGUUAAGGGGGAAAUAUUUUAAAGUUAGUUACCACUGAAAAAUGCAAGUCGUGUUUUUAUCCAAAGCAAAAUGCAGUAAUAUUUUUAAUAUAUUCUAAGCAAUGGUAAAAAAAAUCAUUAUUCAAUUAUACAUUAAGACCAUAUGCUUAUGAUGCGAUGUCUGAUUGUCUAGUCGUAAGGUUUAAGAUAUAUUGAAAUAAAUGUACCAAAAUAUUUUAUUGCAUAUGGUUUAAAAAUGAGGUAAGUACUCAUUACCUCAUUUUCUUUUUAAAGCUAAUAAUAAUAAGUAACUAAUAAUAAUAAUAAUAAGUAAGCAUUAUUAUUAUGUACAGUCAACAGCACAGCAACCUAAAACCAAAUUAAUUGUAUUGCAAACUCGUCGCUUUGGCGCGCCAUAGAGGUUCAUUGCUGUUGACUGUACAAGCAUCGGGGAAAUCGUGAUUCCUAUUGUGAAUAUUCAUUUAUUAUAGUUUCUGAUAUGAAAAUGAUGUUAAAAAUUUAAAUGUGAAUUACCCAAUUAUUGCGGUAUAAAUAAUGCCAUUAUUGUAGAUGUAGUUUAACCAUUGUCAAUAAAUUCACAUAAUAUAGGUACCUGGUAAAUACACUAUAAUUUUAUUCUAAGUGUUAAAUUAGCCAAAAUCAUUGGAACGAGUGCAAUUCAGAUCACGUCUCUUACGGGGUUGACAGAGCCAAGAAUCUUGAAGGCUUUUUGGUUAUAUAGCGGGUAUAUUGGUGGAAUUGAGAUUCUAAAAUAGUAACAGGAUGCGGGCUCAUCGCCUAUGAGAAAAAAUUUCAGUUAAUAGUCCUUACCCUUGAUCAACUUUUACAAUGUUCCCAGUAGGAGCAAGUACAUUUUGUUUUACUAUCACUCCCAAACCAGCAAGGAAGCAAAUAUAAUAUACUAGACUAGUAUUAGUAUAAUAUUGUACUAAGUGUUAAAUAAAAUAGGAUAUUGUAAUAAUAAUGGCUACCUACUUGACUGGAUAAAAAAAUAUGUAAAGGUAUAUAAAUAACCAAACAACAAUAAAAUGACACUUUCAUUGGUCAGUUUUAUUAAUUACGAAAUUAAUUGGUUUUUUUUUAUUAGCAAUUCAUUUUGAUUCCAAAAUUCGUAACAUCACAAUACAUUACCGUCAUACGCACAACCUCGAUAUAUAUUUUUUUGUUUUUGUCAUUAGAAAAAAAAAACUGAUUUAUAUAAUGACAGUGUUCAAAGAUUACGACUUUCAUCAAGACUAGAUACCUAUAAUACAUUUUCUCUCUUAUCUUAAUUUCGGUGCUUUUCUCAUUUGUCUUCCUAGUACAAAAGCCUAUUUGCACACUGCCACACUAUAAAGUUAAAAAAUACGAAACAAAGUUAAACAACAUAUGUUAGCAUGUAUAUGUUUAAUUAAGUUUGGUAACUGGUUUGGUUAUUAUGAGACUUAAAAAUUUUUAGGCUGUAGAUAGGAUGGUGAUUUUGCUAGUUAUUAAAUAUUAUAUCUGACACAAAGAAGUGUUUCCCCCCCAUUUCACAAUCUUAAAUGUUAUGUAUUAGACUAGUGAAACAAGCAAUUUGUUGGAAUUAAAACAUAUCUUGUUGUAUACAUUUAUUUGUGACUAAGUAUUUUAUCAGGACUUAUAUCAUUUAAAACUGCGAUAGGCAUGUUAUACAUUUACGCACAUAAAAUCCAAAAAAUUUAUAAUUGUGAUAAUAUUUUAGGUGUACCGUUUAAAAUGUUCCCUUUGUUAAGCCAAAGUAGAUUUUAUUUUUUAUAGAUAUAAGAAUGCACUUUAAUAAAAGAUGACACUGCACUAACAAA